GUGACUUCUGACCGUCGGGUGGUCAACAGCGUCGCAGAUCCUGAGCAGCAAUGUGACGCUUCUGUUCAUGUGUCAUGUGCUCUAAUCGUUUUUUAGUUCAGCCCUGCAAAGAGGCUUUUUCAUCAAUGCGCGCCCGAAGGGAGCAUGCUGUUAGUUUUCUUCUAGCCGACUUUUAUUGUCAGCUUUCGCUGAAAAGUGUUGAAUAGAGACACAAAUGAAUGUAUGUUUUACAGUUUUUACUUUUGACUUCUUUUUGCGGGGAAAGUCUCUGAGCCGAGCGACAGACAACUUCAGCAGCACCACAUUUUUGUUCUCUGAGCGCUUCAUCCAUCCAUUCAUCCACUGCGGCGAGGAUGGGGGACGCGGCGGCGGAGUGCACCAUCAAGGUGGUGUGCCGUUUCAGGCCGCUGAACAGCGCUGAGGUGGCCCGCGGAGACCAGUACAUACCCAAGUUUAAGGGGGACGACUGUGUGCUGAUGGGCAAACCAUACUACUUUGACCGUGUGUUCCAGUCCAAGACAACUCAGGAGGAGUUUUAUAAUGCUGUGGCUCAGAAGAUAGUCAAAGAUGUUUUGGAGGGAUACAACGGGACCAUCUUUGCUUAUGGGCAGACAUCUUCAGGCAAAACACACACAAUGGAGGGGAAGCUUCAUGACCCUGAAAUGAUGGGAAUCAUUCCUCGAAUUGUGCAAGACAUCUUUAACUACAUUUAUUCCAUGGAUGAGAACCUGGAGUUCCACAUCAAAGUUUCAUAUUUUGAAAUCUAUUUGGACAAAAUUAGGGACUUGUUGGAUGUGUCAAAGACCAACCUUCCUGUACAUGAGGACAAGAACAGGGUCCCAUAUGUCAAGGGCUGUACCGAGCGUUUUGUCUGCACUCCUGACGAGGUCAUGGAAGCCAUAGACGAAGGCAAAAAUAACCGAAGCGUGGCUGUCACAAACAUGAAUGAGCACAGCUCCAGGAGUCACAGCAUCUUCCUCAUCAACAUCAAGCAGGAAAACAGUAAGACUGAACAGAAAUUAACCGGCAAGCUGUACCUCGUCGAUCUGGCUGGGAGUGAAAAAGUGGGUAAAACUGGAGCAGAGGGUACAGUGCUGGAUGAAGCCAAGAUGAUUAACAAGUCCCUGUCUGCACUGGGAAUUGUCAUCUCAGCUCUGGCAGAAGGCUCGUCCUACAUACCAUACAGAGACAGUAAGAUGACCAGAAUCCUGCAGGAUUCCCUGGGAGGGAACUGUCGGACAACUAUGGUCAUUUGCUGCUCACCUUCGGCUUACAAUGAUGCAGAGACCAGGUCUACAUUGCUUUUUGGACAGAGAGCAAAGACCAUCAAGAACCAAGUGACUAUGAAUGUGGAACUGACAGCAGAGCAGUGGAAGAGCAAAUGGGAGAAAGAGAAGGAGAAGAACAAGACGCUGAGAAACACAGUCACCUGGCUUGAGAAUGAGCUGAACCGCUGGAGGAGCGGAGAGAGUGUGCCAGCGGAUGAGCAGUUUGACAAAGAAAAGGCCAAAGAAGAAGUCCAGGCCCUGGAGAGCACCCACCACAAUGACAAGACGCCACCCAAACCUGCCCUGAGCUCGACGAUGAGAUCAACCAGCAGUCUCAGUUGGUGGAGACACUGAAGCAGCAGAUGUUGGAUCAGGAGGAGCUAUUAGCAUCCUCUCGCCGUGACCACCACACGUUGCAGACGGAGCUGAACCGGCUGCUGGCGGAGAAUGAAGCCUCCAAGGAGGAAGUGAAGGAAGUGCUGCAGGCCCUGGAGGAGCUGGCUGUCAACUACGACCAGAAGAGUCAGGAAGUUGAAAACAAAACCAAAGAGUUUGAGGCUCUCAGUGAGGAGCUGAACGAGAAAUCGAGCUCCUUGGCCUCCAUUGACUCAGAGCUUCAGAAAUUGAAGGAGAUGACCAACCACCAGAAAAAGAGGGUCACUGAGAUGAUGUCAUCAUUACUCAAAGACCUGGCUGAGAUAGGCAUCGCUGUGGGAAGCAAUGACAUCAAGCAACAGGAGAGCAGUGGUCUCAUUGACGAAGAGUUCACUGUGGCCCGUCUCUACAUCAGCAAGAUGAAGUCAGAGGUGAAGACCAUGGUGAAGCGCAGCAAGCUGCUGGAGAGCACACAGACCGAGACCACCCAGAAGCUGGACGAGACUGAGAGCGAGCUGACUGCCUGUCAGCUCCGCAUCUCCCAGCAAGAAGCCAAAAUCAAGUCCCUGACGGAGUCCCUCCAGAAUGUGGAGCAGAAGAAAAGACAGCUGGAAGAGAAUGUGGACUCUCUCAGUGAGGAAAUAGUCAGGACCAGGGCCCAGGAGAAGGUUAAUGCCAUGGAGAAAGAGAACGAGAUCCAGUCUGCAAAUGAAGUCAAGGAAGCUGUGGAGAAGCAGAUCCAGACUCACAGAGAGGCCCAUCAAAGGCAGAUCAGCAGCCUGAGAGAUGAGCUUGACGCCAAGGAGAAGCUUAUCACUGAGCUGCAGGAUCUGAACCAGCAGAUCAUGCUGGAGCAGGAGAGGCUCAGAGUGGAGCAUGAGAAGCUCAAGGCUGCUGACCAGGAAAAGAGCCGCCAGCUGGAAGAGCUCACGGUGCAGCAGGACAGGAGGGAGCAGGCCAGACAGGACCUGAAGGGACUGGAGGAAACUGUGGCACGGGAGCUGCAGACACUUCACAACCUGAGAAGGCUCUUUGUCCAAGACUUAUCCACAAGAUUAAAAAAGAAUGCUCAGAUGGACUCAGAGGACACAGAGAGCAGCGCUGCCCAGAAGCAAAAGAUCAGCUUCCUGGAGAACAACCUGGAGCAGCUAACCAGAGUUCACAAGCAGCUGGUACGGGACAACAAUGACCUACGCAGCGAAAUCCCAAAGAUGGAGAAGCGCCUGCGGGCCACCGCUGAACGGGUCAAAGCCCUGGAGACCGCCCUAAAGGAAGCCAAAGAGAAUGCAGCCCAUGACCGUAAACGCUACCAACAGGAGGUGGAGCGCAUUAAGGAUGCCGCCAAGCCUAAAAACAUGGGCAGGAGAGGGUCAGCACAGAUAGCCAAGCCUAUCAGACCUGGUCAGCUGCCAGGGGCUCCCAUAAACUUCAGUGUCAACAGGUCCAACCUCAUCCAGAACAACCACCCUACCGGCAUUAAGGGAGGAGGAGGCAAUAACAGUCCCUGAUGGUACUAAUACUCACUCAGAUACAAAACCAAAGAAGCAGACUGACAUGGACGUCCAUCAGCUGAAUCGUUGCACUAUUCUUCCAAUGUCUGAAUGUGUAUUUACUGUAUAUAAGCACAGCAUAAGCUGCAAAGCUGCUCUUUUAAGCUCUGUAAGCACUCAUAACGUGUAAUAGUGUCCUGCAAAAUCCACUUUUAUUAUGACAGGCUGGUGUGUUUCCUUUUCCCAGGCACAGAUAAUAUUUUACAUUGUGCCAACAUGCAUGUACAUACAGUAUCAGACCUUGAUGGCCACCUCAGCAUGAGAGCAGAGAUGAAAACAAGGCUGAACGAAGGCCUUGAUUCUUUUGUCUGUUUGUUGACUUAUUGAUUGGUUAAAAUGUGACAUGCGCAGUUCACAGAUGUCACAAAAACCUUUGAAGGCAAAAAAAACACACUUUAGUUGUACUCAUAGGAAAAAGGAAGUUUUGACAGGACUCUGUGCAGUCCACUCUUACUGUUCCCAUAGGAUUUACGAGGGCACAUAGUAGCCAGGUGCUGCUAAUCAAAUGCACUUGAUUAACAGAUCAUCAGCGAGUGUGAGCGCCUCUGUGAAACAGAUGUUUUGCCAGUUUGCUAGUCUGGAACAUUCGGAUGUGUUUUAAUAAUGUUCCACAGUUUUCCCAGGGGAAAAUCACCCAAGGUCAGAUUGUGGAGUUUUUGGAAAAUCUGAAAAACAAAAAAAACCCCGCCAAGAGCUACGUCUCUUAGCAUGCUAAAUGCUAACGUUCAUGACAGGAUGAUUAGGAAAUGACUGCACAAGUAUGACUUGUUUGGAAAGGUUGCCAGGAGAAAGUCUCAUCUAUUGGAAAGGAAGAUGGCAGCAUGAUUUAGGUUUGCAAAGUUGUAUCUGAAGGAACUGCAUGACUUCUCUGGGUAGAUGAGGCCAAGUGUGAGACCAUCUGUCCAACAGCUUAAGCUUGGCUGAAAUUGGGUCAUGCAACAGGACAAUGGCUGAAAAAAAGAAAAGGUGUUGUUUUGGCUCAGUGACAGUCCAGACCUCAACCUGAUUGAAAUGUCCUUAUGCAUAAAUUCAGUUCAAAACUCAACAAACUGAAGCAAUGUAAAGUUGUGUUGGCCAAAAUUCUCGCAUGAUGUAAAGUUAUACAGAAAACAAUUACUGCAAGUUAAUGCUGCUUAAGGAGGUUAUACGAGCUACUGAAUUGUGGGGUGUACUGAGUUUUUCACUGGACUGCACAGACUACUGUGAAAACUUUCUUUUUCACGACUGUGUCUUAGUUUAUGUCACUGAAGUUGCACUGCUGCAUUGCAGCACCUUUUGCUGGAGACAGCAGAGGGCAGAAAUGGCAUAAGCAUAAAGCAUGACCGUGUCUAGCAUUAUAGAACAGAGAAUGAUCUGCCUAUGUGUAAUUGUUAUUAUUGUAAAGAUACCUCAAUAAAAUCAAUCUGGAACCGCUGUCAUAUUUUGGUGUGAUAGCUUAACAAGCUAAUAACGAUGAUGCUGAAGCAGCAGUUUUUUGUCCCUUAAACAUUUAACAUUUUAUUAAAUGAAUCUGUUACUACAGUGCUGGGUUCAGCUUCC